GGUUCGCCUUUUGCUUCUCAGCCUGCUUUCACAGACCUUGCCUCUCUCAGGUUUCGGUUUCUCACUGUUGUCAGCGCCCCUUCCCCUCCUUCCGAGCAUUCCUGUGCUGGCGUAGUCACAUGUUUAGGUUUCGAUGCCUGUAAUCCCACCCUCACCGCCCGAGAAGGAGGAGGAAAAUUUGCGGGAGAGAAGUGAGCAGCCAGCAGAGUGGCGAUACAGAGGGCAGAGGUGCGCGGCGCGGCGGACAGCCCGCGGUGCCGUCGGCGGGAGCAGGGCGCCGGACCGGCGGGGGCCCGGCUCUCCCGCGGGCGACGGGAAGCCUCCGGGGCGCGGGGCCAGGCACCGGCCAGAAAAGGGCUUGGACAGCUUGCGCAGGUUUGACAGCCACUGCCCCAGUGAUACUUCACAAUCCAGGGAAGAUGCAUGGGAAGUGAAGGAAUGAGGGCAUGAGUAGAGCAGGGGUGCCCUCCUACAGCAGCCAUGUUACACCAAGCCUGGCAGCUGUAUGGGAGGUGGUGCCGUUGGUCCAGUGCUUUUAUCCAUCUCCUCAUGCUGACUGUGGUGACAUUUGGUGUGCUCGCACCUUUGAUUUGCCACCGGCUCCUCCACUCUUACUUCUAUUUGCGGCGGUGGCACCUGAACCCCAUGAGUCAGGAGUUCCUGGAGCAGAACCGGCAGGAGGGCCAGGCUGCACUCCAUUACUUUGAGAAGCUUCAGAUACCAAAUGCCUCCGAGGCCUCUGGCAGUGAUGUGUUUCAGCCCUUGCUGCUUGUCACCAUUAUCACUGUGCAGAGGCGGAAUGACUUCCACUAUGUCUUGCAAGUGGCCUCCCGCUUCCACCAUCUCCUCCAGAAAUGUGGUGCACGUUGUCGAAACCACCGCAUCCUCCUUUGUAAUGUGGAGUCAGACCCCAGUAGCCAUCAGGAUGUCAGGCUGCUGAGCAGCUUCUUUCCUAUGGUCAGUCAUGACAGAACUGACGAGAACCCUGACCCCAGAAUGAACCAGUUUGAGAAGGAGAAGCAGGACUAUGUCUUCUGCCUUGAGCAGUCACUGUUGGCGUACAACCCAGAAUACAUCCUUGUAGUAGAAGAUGAUGCUGUGCCAGAGGAGGAGAUAUUUGCUGUCUUGCAGCACCUUUUGCUGGUCCGGUUCUCCAAACCAUACCUCAGAGAUGCACUCUAUUUCAAGCUUUACCAUCCUGAGAGGCUUCAGCGCUACUUUAACCCUGAACCCAUGAGAAUCCUCGAGUGGGUAGGUCUGGGCAUGUUUCUGGGGCCCGUGCUGAACUGGGUGUACUCCUGUGCAACCGGGCGCCCCAGCCUCAGUUGGCCCAUUAUCUUGUUCUUUGCUUUGUAUAGCAUGGCUAUGUCAGAGCUGGUGGGACGGCAUUACAUGCUGGAGCUGCGCCGGCUGGCCCCCACGCUCUAUAAUAUCGUGCCAGUCACCGAAUGCUGCACGCCUGCCAUGCUCUUCUCUGCUCCAUCUGCCCGCCGUGCCUUAGGCUACCUGAAGGGGCUGCACUGCCGCCAGGGUUUUGCUAAGGAUAUUGCCCUCUACUCGCUGCUGCAUACUAAAGGGGAGAACGCCUACGUGGUGGAGCCCAACCUGGUCCGACACGUGGGAAUGUAUUCCAGCCUUCGCCUAAAUGAUAACCCUAAACUGCUGUGACCUGUUCAUGCCUUUCCAGGCACGCAGCCCAGAGAGCCUGCCACUGAGCAGAGAGACAGUGUGCAAACUCAGAUAUUGUGCUGCUAGCAUUGGGCAUCCUGUGCCUCGAGGUGAAUGAAGAAUAAGUCUGUUUAAAAGAAAAAAGUUUCUUAAAAAAUAAACUUACAUAUGUACAGACCCUAUUUAAUAUGUACUUGGACCUAAACACUAUGCACCAUGCACCAUGCAGGAGGGGAGUGGAGGAUUCCAGCUGGGGGUGUGGAUUGUCAACUCUCUUUAAUCAGUAUUAGGGAAAAGCUCUCACAGCAAUAUAAACAGCUAUACUGCCUUCUCUCCUUUACACUGGUUACAGAAGUCCUCACCUUAGGGUAACAGAAAUGUUGGACAAACUGAAUGUUUCAAAUUUAAACUAAAGAGGAGGAAAAGCCCUUAUUUUCCAAUCCUUACUAAGGUCUGAUCUCUGCCUUCUGUUUGUUUCUCUUUCAAAACUGGUUUUGAGCAGACCCUUCAAAAGCAGCAGUGGUUUAUGUGAACCUUCUUGAAAAUUUCACCGAUAUUUGUCAAAUUUUACAGAGCCUCUGUUUGUUACUGUAUCCCCCUACAGAUCUUAUCUCCACCUCCACCCUUCCCACUCUUCUUUUACUGGAACAGAGGUUCCUAAAAGCAAAACUUCUGCUGCUUCAUUAAAGGUCACCUCUGAAGGCAGGAAUAAGAAAACAGAAUACAGCCGUUAAUGUUACACAGCCAGAUCACAAAUGCACAUUUUCAUUGAUACAUUACAGACAUUAUAAACAACAUAGGAUGACUACUGUGUUGGUUAGUAUCAUCACUAGUUGUAGUGUAUCCAGAUCGUUCAAAGAGGUCUUAUUACUUGCUGACUGUACUUAGACAUGCAACAUGAAUUUACCUUGACUUCUGAACAGCACAGAGCUAAAGGGAAGAACAGAUGAGGUGUGGCUAUUGUGCAGGAUUCUUGUUUCAUUUUGGAUCUCGAAUUUGCAGCUCAGCCGAAGUGGUUCAUUCACUGCUCUUGGCAGCAAGCUUUUGCUUGCUGCCAGGCAAGCUUUUUAUUAUACCCAAAGGAAACAGAGUUAGCUGUUCAUAAAAGCAAGCAAUAAUAGCACAACAAAGCAAGGGGCCACUCUGAUACUGACCCAUUAACUUAAUGUGCUCUGGUUGUUAAGCAUUUGGGAUGGGUACUUUGCACCACAGUGCUGGGCACAGUUAAAUAUAAAGCCAUGCAGAUGGCAAGAGAUCUCAAACAGGAUCAAAACUGGCACCAAAAUGUUUAUGUCUAGUGAAAAGCCAACCUUGACUUUAGCAGGCUUUGAAUCAAAUUCACUUAUGUGUGGAGUGUGGUUGAACUAUUUUUGAAACUAUAUUCCUAGCUUUGGAAUGAACCAAGUAAAUAUUCUUGUCGAGUUUUGGUCAGUGGGGGGUGUUUCACCUUUUUUUUUUUGGUGAAGGAAAAGUUCUACUUUGAAUUUUCUUUCCCUGUCUCUCGGGUGAUUUAUGCCUUAAGCUGUCAACAAGUCUGGUUAUAGAUGUGAAGGGCUCAUAAAAACUCAUAAGAGAUGAAACCAAAGAAAUUUGCAAACCUCCAGCUGUUAGCAUGAGAUGGGUAUCCCAACACAAACGCGUAAUGUCAGUUAGCCGAGAAAUGGCUUCAGAACACAGAGCAGUCCUCUGCUCUCUUAGUAAUUAACUGGGACACUUUUAUAACACCUUUGGAAAUCAAAUGUGAGUAAAAACUGCUUGUGGAUUCCAUGUCAUUCCAAAGGCAAAGUACCUCUCCUGUCAGAGGACACAGGAAAAAUUGCACAGGCAGAACCACCAUUUAUUCUCAGCUGCUGAAAACCUCAAAGAUACCAGAGUGCUCACAGUGUCAGGUGGGCAAACCUAUUCUCAGGCUUUCCUGUACUAUGGGAAGAUGGCAGGAUUUGAGUAUAUUAUUUAUUUCAUUAAGCACCUGCACAUGUUAGGAAAUACAACUUGUUUAUGCACCUUCAGUUGUGAAUGUUCCAGUGAUGUGUGCUUUUUCUUCACUCUUUUUCUGUCUUUGUACUAUACAAAUCCAGGAAGUGCCCUGUUCUUUUCACGGGAGUCCAUUCAUACUCCUUGCAAAGAAAAUCUUACAACAAGGUACAAUAAAUGGGACAUGGAAAGGAAAGAGGAAGGAAAAGAAAGAAGGAAACUUUAGAAAAGAAACCAACUAACUAUAUGCAGUUAAUAAAUGUUUUGAUGUGGGAAAUGAUUUAACUGUUUGUCUCAAAGUUAUUUUGCUUGUUUGCCCUGUAGUACUUUGUCAUCCCAGAAGUCCAGGGGAGGUCAAUAAUUUCCCUGAGCUUCAUAGUGCAAAGUUAAGAACAUGAAUUUGAGGCAUCCCUUCUAAGCUAGAAGACAAUUUUCAGGGCAUAAGAGACAAGAGAAGUUGACUAGGAGACCAAGCAAUAUGCAACUUGAACCUGCUAGUGAGAGAGUUUCAGAUAAACCCGUUGAGAAUGAACUCCGUUGUGGAAGGAGCAGGUUAAUAAAUUCUUCAGAUCCUUCUGGAAUAAUUUCCUGGAGUGCCCAAUUCACCUUUACAACAGAGGUGCUGCUUUUACUGAGCCUGCUAGGUACUAUUUCCGAGUAACUCAGGAAAUACUCAGUUACUUGCUCAGUGCCAACCAUGCCCAAGUGGUGUGUCAGGCAAGUGUUCCUUCCGCUGCUGCUUCUCAAUUUUCACACACAGAUUGAUUUUUCUUUAUUUUCCUGUGCCAUGUUUUAUUAGAAAUGACAAGUCAGAGAACUGUACUUCACCCUCAGAACAGAAAAUGGGAGGUUACUGUGGGUUCCUAAUUCGUGAUGGAUUUUAUUCCACAGUUUGGGCAGUUUCAAACACACAUGCCUUUUCUCUCUCUUUUUUACCAUGGGACUGGAGCUGAGUUGGCAUAUUUCAUGUUACAUAAGUUCAAGGCCCAGCAUUAACUUAACUCCUUGAAAUACAGCCUCAAGAGUUUGGUUUUACUCACAUUAAAACAAACUUAGCAAUUAUUUUUGAAAGAAACAAACAAUAUGGAUUUUAUUCGUAUUUGUUCAUUCCAAAUAGUUCAGAGACUAUUUUUCAAUGCAGCAACUACUGCUUGCACAAGAAGAUUCUUUCCUGAUAGGCCAGACAGCAGGACUCAAGGCAUUGUUUUCCAAGACAACUCAGGGGAAAUUAUUCAAUUAAACUACCUUUGUUUCCAAGCCAGGUCCAACAUAAGCAUGAUUCUGGCAGAAGAUGAAGCAUAAAUUGAUAGAUCUCUGUUAGACUGGAGGCCUAAGUGAAUUUUGUAACUACAGUAGGGUCAACGUCUUAGUGAGAAAGCACUGAAGUUGAAGAGAGGACAAAGCCUUCCUCUCAGUUGUGAGGGGCUGUGACUCGCCACACUGGGUAUUUCAACAGCAGUUUGGCUGGAUGCAGGGUGAACUACUUUUUUUCUAAAGAUAUUUACAAGCAAACUCUACCAAAUAAACAACCUUUCCAUUAAAA